GGGAGUGACUUCAGGGUUAUCUUUUUUCCUUGAUAAUGUCGGUUUUAGGAGCACGAUUAACCUCUAACUUGGGAAACUGACGGGAGCGGACAUAUAACACUUUAAACUAUAUCUUUUUCCCUGAUAAUGUCGGUUUUAGGAGCACGAUUAACCUUUAACUUGAGAAACUGACGGGAGCGGACAUAUAACACUUUAAACUAUAUCUUUUUCCCUGAUAAUGUCGGUUUUAGGGGCAGGAUUUACCUCUAACUUGGGAAACUGACGGGAGCGGACAUAUAACACUUUAAACUAUAUCUUUUUCCUUGAUAAUGUCGGCUUUAGGGGCAGGAUUUACCUCUAACUUGAGAAACUGACGGGAACAGAUACGGAUAGACUAGUUAGUUUAUCUUUUUUCUCCAUAAUGUCGGUUUUGGAAGCAGAAUUAACCCUCCAUUUGGGAAGCUAACGAGAACGGACACAGAAGAUUCGCUACCGUUUACUUUUUACUCCAUAAUGUCGGUUUUAAGAGCGGGAUUUACCUCUAACUUGGAAAACUGACGGGAAUGGACACUUAACGCUUCAUAUAUUUUUCCUUAAUAAUGUCGGUUUUGGUAGCAGAAUUAACCCUCCAUUUGGAAAGCUAACGAGAAAGUACACAGAAGAUUGGCUACCGUUUACUUUUUACUCCAUAAUCUCUGUUUUAAGAGCAGGAUUUACCUCUAACUUGAGAGACUGACGGGAACGGAUACAGAAAACUCGCUACGGCUUAUCCUUCUCCUCAAUAAUGUCGGUUUUGGUAGCAGAAUUAACCUUCAACUUCGGACACUGACGGGAACGGACACAGAAGAAGGAAGCUGUAUAGUGAUGGCUUUGAAUGGAUAAUAACAAAAUACCCAACAAGAUGACUGCCCGAAUCGCAUACUGCACGGACAUGGAGAAGUCGGUCCUCUCUAAUAACUUUGAGAAGAGAGGUUGGAUUCAAGUCGGGCCCGAUGACGAGUGGAACUUCUACUGGGCUGGCGCUCAGACUUGCCGCUCCCUCUUCAGCGUGGACAGUGGCUACCGCAUGAACGACAACCAAAUGAUCAACCACUUCCCGACACACUACGAGCUAACGAGGAAGGACUUGCUGGUGAAGAACAUUAAGCGUUACAGAAGGGAGCUGGAGCGAGAGGGAUCACCGCUGGCCGCUCGAGAUGCCACAGGGAGAUACAUUCACCUGGAUUUUCUUCCCACGACCUUCAUGCUGCCCGCCGAUUACAACCUUUUCGUGGAGGAGUUUAGAAGAAAUCCCAACACCACGUGGAUCCUCAAACCCGCAGGACGUUCUCAGGGAGUGGGAAUCUUUCUGGUGAACAAGUUGGCGCAGAUCAAGAAGUGGUCUCGGGACACUAAGAGCUCCUUCAACCCUGCUCUCGUCAAGGACACUUACGUCAUUUCCCGCUACAUCGAAAACCCCCUCUUGAUCGGCGGCAAGAAGUUCGAUCUGAGAAUGUACGUGCUGGUGACAUCCUACAGGCCCCUGAAGGCGUUUAUGUACAAGCAAGGGUUCUGCCGGUUCUGCACGGUUCGCUACGACACCUCGGGGCAGGAACUCGACAACAUGUUCGUCCACCUCACCAACGUCUCCAUCCAGAAGCACGGAGAGGAGUACAACAGCGUACACGGCGGUAAGUGGCCAGUGAGGACCCUCCGGCUGUAUCUUGAGGGCACGCGGGGCAAGGCGCGCACGGACAAGCUCUUCGCGGACGUGACGUGGCUGGUGGUCCACUCCCUGCGCGCUGUGGCACCCAUCAUGGCCUCCGACAGACAUUGCUUCGAGUGCUACGGUUACGACAUCAUCAUCGACGACCAACUCAAGCCGUGGAUGAUUGAGGUGAACGCCUCGCCCUCCAUGACGUCCACCACCGCGAACGACCGCAUCAUGAAGUACAAGCUGGUGGACGACAUCAUCAGCAUCGUUCUUCCUCCAGAUGGCGUCCCAAACGUGCACUGGAACAAGAUUCCUGCCAACGACAAGAGCGGGGACUUCGAACUCCUGCUGGACGAGGAACUGUACCAGAACAGCGACCACUCUGCUACCCACCGCGGCAAGAACUCUGACAGGCACUCCGCCCCUCGAUGGAAAUAACCCACAACCAAGAAGUGUGUGAGGUCCACCUCCACACUUCCUCCUCGGCACCAGACUGAUAGCUCAUCGGGGGCACAAGGAGCGGGAGCCAAGGCCGUGGAGAAGACACCAGCCUCUCCCAAGCCCAGCAGCAAAGCGGUUCAGUCCCAGAUGGAAAUGGCUUAUGGGGAGACCACAAGGUGAACCGUUGUCCCCAUCUCUUAGACUUCAAUAUAUUCAGACCCUGACAACCACCCAAACACUUGUCCUGAACUGUCUCAAACUCUUGUACUGUUAUGGUCCAUUGCGUUGCCUAAAGGUGUGCACUGAUUCUGCGGUCAA